AGGAAGACCGAGGGUCGUCCGGUCGAACCUCGAGGUUCUUCUAUCUCUCUUAAAUAUAUUUCCCUCAUUCAAUCUCUCUUUUUCUCUAUCACUCACUAUUUCUUGUCUAUCUAUCUAUCUAUCUAUCUAUUUUUGUCUAACCCUCUAAGCGUUCAUCCAUCAAUCAAUCAAUUUUUUCUAGCUCUCCUAGCAAACGAGAGAUAAGAAGAAACGAGCGUGUAUUAGUGCAUUAAGGUACCAGGUGCAAGUUUAGUUCUUUUAGAUAAAAUCGACAAGGAAAAGUCACUAGUCUGUCUAUCUCUCUUCGUUUCUCUCUUUACUAAACUAAGACAUAUGGUGAAACGUGUUUUGUUCGAGCUCCCAAUUGUGAAAUGAAACUGAAGGAGAAUCGACCGAGCUCGCCGUUGGAUAUAGAGGUGUGCUCCCAACGAUGCCAGCGUCGAUAGACGCCAAAAGAGAAAGAGAGAGAGACAGAGAGAGAGACGAUGACAACAUCGACGAGGAACAACCAUCACAUUUAACAACAGUGUAUCUCUAACACCGACACAGAUAUCUCCAGCAACUCGAGAAACAUCCCAAGCAUCAUUACUUUUGCAGCUUCACAGCAAGAACAUGUCGAAAGAAUUGAUCGAGUAUAACGAUAGUAUGUGGAUAGUGCUUUGAGCAGGAACAAAGAAAUAAAGUACGAAAAACAAAAAAUAAAUAAAAACAAUAAAUAUAAAACAACAACAACAACAACAACUACAAUUUACCAACGAAAUAUUUCUAAAACACGCGUAUUUCUCGAGAUUGCUUUGAUUUUUUUGUUAUAUGGUCGAUUAAAUAGAGAGGAGAAAUAAAAAGUAGAAAAACUCGUUCCUUUGUUUCUCUCGUGCAAAAAUCAAACGUGGUUGUGUUACUGAGAUUUUCUAUUUUUUUUUGUUUUUUUUUUGUUUUUUGAAAGAAAGAUUCUCACAUUCACAGAGGAAAAAAGUUUGAAAAGAGGCUCUCGUGUAUGUGUGUGUGUCAACCAGACACGAAUAGCCGCCUGUGACGACGCCUGUGACGAAGCCACUGCCGAGAGUGAAAUGGAUGAGAAAAGUACGCUCGAAUCUUAAGCCUUCUUUCGUACUUGCUCAUGGUGCCACGUUCAAGGGGAAAGAAAAAGAACGCGAAAAGAGGAAGAAGAAGCUGUAAACAGCGUUUUGUAACCCACGUCACGCGGAAUCGAUAUCCAGUAAGAGCCAGCCACCGCCUGCUAACUCUAGCAAAAGCUAGCUCUAGAUAGCCAGUGCUACUACUUGGACAUACCUAUCUAUACCUAUACCCCACGUAUUUACCUUAGAAAACCAGCCGUUUUCUCUAUUCCUUAGAAAAAAUUUUCUUCUCCUUCCUUCCUUUCUUUCUUUCUUUCUUUCUUUCUUUCUUUCUCUCUUUCUUUCUUUCUGUACUCUUUCAUCUUACAUUAUACCAGAAAACUCUUGGAUAAAAGAAGAGAAGAAGCUACGAAAGAGCCUAAUGUUUCUCAACGACAUGGGACUGCUAAUGUUCUUAGCCGUAACGGCCUCCAUCUUGGGUCACUGCCAAACUGAUGAAAAAGUAUCAUUUUACGGGGCAAGUUACAUCCAUCUUCCAGUUCAAGAGGCCAAGGGUGCUACUGACAUCAGUUUCCGCUUUCGAACUCAUCUUUCUGAUGCGAUGCUGCUAUUGGCUGCCGGCAAGACGGAUUACUGCCUGAUCAAACUGGAGGCAGGCAGAUUGAAGGUUCAUAUAAAUCUCGGUGCCGGUGAAAGCGAGAUGGCCAGUGCUCGUGGAUUGACGUUGAACGACCUGAGUUGGCACGAGGUCAACCUUACCAGGCGCGAGGCUAACAUCACUCUGCAAAUCGACGUUAUCCACACGACAAGAUCUCUUCUACCAGGACGUUUUUUCGAGCUGAACAUACACUAUGGUGUCUUUAUCGGUGGACAGGGGGACUUUAACGAACUAUUUUUAGGGCACACCGACUACCUACGUGGAUGCAUGGCUGACAUAAUCUACAACGGUGCAAGAGUAAUAGAGUACGCGAGGUCUAGAAGGGGCCAAUCCGAUGCAACCGCAGUUACGUGGGGAUGUUCACCGGAAUUUGACGCCACAUGGAGCACGGAAGUGAGCUUCGUCGAGGAUGGUGCCUUUACGGCGAUUCCACGAGCUAUACCUCGUUCCGGAUCUAGAUGGGAAUUUGAUAUGAAAACUGGAACCGAAAGUGGCUUGCUUCUCUACAACACUGGUCAAUAUGCAGAUUACUUGGGGAUCGAGUUAUUCGAAGGAAAGAUUCGACUGUUGAUGAACAAAGGAAAUGGUCCGACAGAAUUAAUACAUGGCAAUGUGGUGUCCGAUGGUAAAUGGCAUCGUAUUAUCGUCGACUUUAGUCCAAGUAGUAUUGGCAUAGCCGUCGAUCGUCAAGAAAAGACGAUAGCUUUGCCUUCCGGCGGCAAUCGUUACCUGGACUUGGCCGAUACGCUUUAUAUCGGUGGUACGGAACUCAAUAAACGUGCCAGAGCACUGGGUAAAGGGCUUAGUUCAGGUGAUGUGAGUUAUAAGGGUUGUCUUCGUAACAUGAUGCUGGACAACAAGGAACUCGGCUUACCCGAUGUCAAGGUUAGUCAAGGUAUAGUCGUAGGAUGCGUUUGGGGAUUUCCUUGCGUUGAAGUCGAUCCAUGCGUCAAUGAUGCCCUUUGCGAACAACUGGGCGUUAAUUCGUUCAAAUGUACCUGUGAUCAGCCUCUCUGUAUCAAACCCAAUUUCGCUGAGGACUACAAGGUUUACUCGAACGCUAACCUGCCCGUCAAUUUGGAGAUUCUAUCUCUUUCACCGCUUUCAGUAUCAGAAGGUGAACACGUACUUGUUACGAGUGAAAAUAUCGGCAUGGUCUUAGACAUUGCCAAGUAUGGUGUCGAAGAGGAUGGCGUUCUUUUUAAUUUGGUUACUCCACCUACUUAUGGAACUUUGGCUUUGGACUUGCUAAAUUCAAGAACCGAGCGUUCCUUCACUUUACAAGAUAUCAAUAGUGACAAGAUACAGUACAUGCACGAUGGAAGCGAAACCACAGAAGAUAGCAUGAUACUGGAACUGACGUUGGUGGCAGGAAGGGGAUACACGCUUCCAGGAUAUCUCCGAGGAAGACUCAGGUUUCCUCUUCAUGUCAACGUCACCCCUGUCAAUGACCCGCCACUUUUAGAAAUACCAACGGCAAAAGUGCUACGAUUGGCUCAAGGCACUAGAAAAACUUUAACAAAAGAAUUAAUUUGGGCCAUUGACGCGGAUACACCGUCGGAAACUUUGGUCUACACGGUCCUGCGCACUGACACGGAUGCUGGACAUAUCGAAAGAAUUACUUAUCCUUCUAAGCCGAUCGACACCUUCACCCAAGCCGAAUUAAUGCAAGGGCUGAUCGCCUAUGUUCACCGUGGCAAUGCGAAAUCAAAUGCUAUGCUGGGUUUACAAGUGAGCGAUGGAAUUGAAAGCAGUCAGCCAGCAUACCUACGAGUCUCUGCUUACCAACUACAGAUUAAACUUUUGCAUAAUACUGGAUUGGUCGUAGUGCAUCGAUCCUUCUCUUAUUUAACGCCAGCAAAUUUAUCAUUUAUAACGAAUUCUGACGACGAUACGAUAGAAAUACGUUAUGAUAUCAGUACGUCACCUCAAUAUGGUACGUUGCAAACGAUGAAAGACGUUUCAAGCAGCUGGCAAAACACUGAUCAUUUCACGAGUCAUGACGUGAAUUCGCAUAUGGUUCGUUACCUUCAUAAUAUCGGUAGUCCAGCGCAAGACGAAUUUAAAUUUCAAGCCAGCGUUCGCGAUAUUAAAACGCAACAGAUCUUUGAUUUUCGUAUUACCUUUAUCGAUCUCGAAUUAAAAGAGGUGAAAAAGAUUCUAGUGAAUUUUACGAAUACCGCGGAGGUCAUAAUAACUGGACAAAAUGUCAAAUAUCAAACUAAUCCAUUGAUCACAUCGCCGAACAAAAUAUUAUUUACCUUAAGCACAGGACCAAGAUACGGAGAGUUGUUGGUAACUAGACGAAAGAUAAACCCUGGUGAUAGUUUCACGCAAGAGGACAUAGAUACGGGUAAAGUACGAUAUCGUUUGUACAGAAGAGCCUACUCUAUUAUUCAGGACGAAUUAGCGUUUAGGGUAAGUGCGCCACAAUGCAUCGACAUACUCUCAACGUUAUCCUUAAAACAUCAUUUGGCAAAGAACAGCAAGGCCGUUGAAGGAACGGAGACUUUGAAGAUCGAAGAAGGCUCGAAAGUAGCCUUAAAAAUGAUACGUACUAAUACCAUGGAUUAUGGUGUAUCAUCCUUGAUCUAUAAUAUCACGAUAAAUCCACGUCAUGGUUUGCUGGUUGUACAAAAUCGUACGAAAUCAUUAAUUCGAAGCAACGCCGUUUACUUCACUUCGGAAGAAUUGCUCACUCAAUCCGUUUAUUACAUCCAUGAUGAUUCCGAGACAAGGGAAGACUCCUUCGAAUAUAUUGGUAUUGCCUUGGAUCCCAUAGAUUUUAUGUACGUUGGACGUUUUCGUAUUGAAGUUAUCAUGAAGAAUGACAAUCCUCCAGAACGGACAGUUCAUAAAACCUUUCACGUAGUAUCCAAGGGUGAAAAAUUAAUUACUAACAAGGAUCUUGCCUAUACCGAUAAGGAUAUUAAUACUAAACCAAGUGAUAUCAAAUACACGCGUAAAGAUAAUGGAAAGAGCGGUAUAUAUAAAAUAACUGAUCCCUCCAUUCAGAUUCGAGAAUUUACCCAAAAGAAUAUAGAUGACGAAAAAAUACUCUUCCGACAUUACGGUGAUGAUAGUGAAAAAAUCGAAUACACCGUCAGCGAUGGCCAUUUUCGUACUGAUGGUAUCCUAGAAAUCGAAGCAAGUCCACCAUAUAUUAGAUUGAAAGAAAGUAAUGGAUCAAUCGUUCAGUUUAACAAAAGCGUAGUAUUUCAAUCAAAGGAAUUAGAAAUUGAGACGAAUGUUUAUAUGCUUGAAAAAGAAGUUAAAUAUACCAUCUGGGAUAAACCUAAAUACGGAAUACUUUUAAAACACACGAAAGAGACUAGCGCAUUUACCGGAGAAGAUCUGAUUCAUGGUUCAAUAUCCUAUCGACACCUGGGUUCGUCGUUGAAUAAGGACGACUUUAAGUUCAAAAUUUCAGCUAAGGGUGCUGAAACCGAAGGCAUCUUUACGAUCAAAGUUUACCCAGCGAGUUAUUGGGAAGCCAUGACAGUUCUGAAUAACAAAACGAUCUUUGUCGAGGAGUCAACGAGUCUUUUGAUAAAUAGAAAAAGCUUAGAGAUAAUGCAUCCGAAAAUUUCAUCUUCGGAGAUAAUUUAUUUCCUAAGAGAUUGGCCACAGAAUGGUUAUUUGGAAAUUCAAAGUCACGAUGAACACAUUGAGGAAAGUAAGGAGGAAUAUGUUGGUAAUUGGGUCAAACAAUUUGAUCAAGCACUCAUAAACGAGGGUCGUUUGUUUUAUGUUCAAUCUGUGAUGAAUCAAACGAAUGAUAAGUUUGUGGUUGAUGUUACCAAUGGGAUCAUGUGGAUGUAUGGUCUCAGUGUGAACUUUAUUAUAGUUCCCGAUAAACUCUACGUCGAGGCUAAGAAUCUAAAUGUAAUUGAAGGUAAAAGUGUGAUUCUCGAUGAAACUGAUUUUAUCGUGAUAACUUCGUAUUAUGCCGGUAAGGUAACGGAUUAUCGAAUAAUUGAGAAACCAAAGCAUGGCGUUGUUAUCGAUUCUACGAGAAAUUCCCAAGUGAAGAAAUUUCCGCAAAAACAUUUAAAUGGUGGCAUGAUAUUGUACAAGCACAAUGGUGAUGAGUUUUCUAAAGAUUCCUUCAAAAUGGUCGUCAUAGCUGGAGAUAAGAUCAGUGAACCCUUUGACGUUUGGAUCAUGAUCCAACCUAUCAACGAUGAAGUGCCUGUCCUUGUGAAUAAAACUAAAUUGAACGUUUGGCAAGGUGGUUCAGUUAUCUUGAUGCCUUCUUAUUUGGCUGCCGUAGACAAUGACACUGUUCCAAGCGAGAUAACGUUUAAUGUAACCAGUAUGAAAAAUGGAUACAUUUCUAUGCUAGGAUCUGGUGUUGAGAUUUAUAAUUUUACUCAACAACAAAUCGACGAAUCCAAAAUAGUUUUUACACAUAGCAAUGGUUCUGAAGCGGAAUUUAGUUUCGUGUUGAAUGACGGCAUACAUACGACAGAAGCGUAUAAUAUAUCGAUUGUGGCAAAGCCCGUACGAUUAACAGUAGAACAAAAUGUCCCGUUAAAUGUCUUUCCCUUAACAAGAAAAGUUAUUUCGAACAAGCUUUUGUUAAUAAGAUGUUCAGACAAAGCUAGAGAAAUAAAAUACAGUGUUAGAAACGGUCCACACUUGGGAAAGAUCAUUAUGGAAACUGGUGAAGGUGUAUGGCUUGAAGUCGAUCGAUUUACGCAGAAAGACAUAAACGACAGCAAAGUUUUUUAUGAACAUAGAAUACGGUUUAUGGAUUUAACAGCCAAUGACUCUUUCACGUUCGAUAUCGAAGCCCAUUAUACUGGAUCUAUAACGAAUCAGGUUUUUUACAUAGACAUCUCUGUCUCGAGUGGUGGCUUGGAUAGAUACGUUUCUACUAAAACUGUCAGAGUCGAAGAAGGUGGUUUUGCUCCAGUUAUCAUGAACAUCAGUGGAAUAAUAAGUUUCCUUCAAACUAACGCUGGGAUCAAUAAACCUGCUGUAUUGUCAAGAUUGGUCAAUCAACCGAGUCAUGGUCAUGUGAUGUUACACCCUGAUCUCAACGUAACCACUUUCACCCAACCCCAAAUCGAAGGUGGAAAAAUUGCAUAUUAUCAUGAUCAUUCGGAUACAUUGGAAGAUCGAAUAUUCUUUUCGUUAUAUUUAACACCUGGACACGUAUUAUUAUGUAAUACCAGUAUAUCGGUUAUAAUUGAACCAAUUAAUGACGAACCAUUCAAACUCAUUACCAACGCACCUUACAUAACUGUCGUUCAAAAUCAAAAUCAAACUAUUACACGAGAUAAUCUAUUAACGAUCGAUCCUGAUACUCCAGCUGAAGAGAUCAUUUAUGACGUCAUAUCAGGACCUACUUUUGGUAGAUUAUUACUCUUACCUUUCGAUCAAAACAGUUCGGAAGUAAAACAAGUGAAUAAAUUUUCACAACUCGACGUGGAUUCAAACAGGUUGGUUUACGAGCACAAUGGUCCUUUGCAAGCUGCCUCCUUUUAUUUUAGAGUCUGGGAUGGUCGUUUCAAUCCUACCUACACGGUUUUCAACGUCCACGUUCUAGCAAUUCGUUUGAACGUGACGGUACCAAGCCCGGUAAAGUUGCAGCAAGGCUCGAACGUAGCAUCAAUAUCGGAAGAAAACGUAAAACUCGACACGAAUGCAAGACAGGAUUUGGUGAGCUACGAAGUUACAAACAAUCCGAAGCAUGGUGUGCUUUAUGUGAGGGACGCUGCUGCUACGAAUUUUAAACAGACAGACUUAUUAUCUGAGAGUGUGAUGUUUUUACAAACGGACAUGACAGUUUCCAAUGAUAGUUUGGAGUUAUCAGCUCGUUUAAGCGGUUUUGAACAACAACAUAUUCGUGUUAAGAUCAGGGUGGUUCCCUUGAUGAUAACGAAUCCAAUGAUAGCAUUGAUGGGAGAGAAAAAUCAGAUAACUUUGCAACAUAUGGAUGCAACACCUUUGGCAAAACUCACUAGUAGCAAUCCAGUUUAUACCAUUAUCAGGAAACCAAAAUACGGCAAGAUCAAGAGAAUCAUCAGAAGUUCUUCAACAUCGGGAGAAAAAAGGGGAACGCGCGAAAGAGAGAUCGGAAGAUUUACUCAUCAAGAGAUUGUGUCUGGUGUAAUAUAUCUUGUCUGUAAAAAAAUACCAAGUAUGGAAUACGAAGGAUUAAGCGACAGUUUCGCAUUUAUACUAGCGGCUUCGAUAUUUCAGCCGGCAACUGGUGAAUUUGAUAUACGCGUUAAAUUCGACAUGGACGAUUACAACAGUACAUUGGCAGGUCCUAUGGACCCUAUCGGUCACGAGGGUGAAAUGGCAAUCGCGCCUAACAUGAGCAACGAUUAUUUGCUCAUUCUAGGCAUGUUACUUGGUGCUUUUCUCUUAAGUAUCGUUGUGAUAAUUACGAUCAGAUGUAGACAUAAUCGAUACAAACGUACCGAAGAAGACAAGCCUGAGACAACCCCUUCGGUUGGCGUGAUGCCUUUACCAAGACCACCUGAUCAUCUGAUGCCUACAACACCUCAUCUCAAACGUUUCGCUAACGAACACGGAACAAUAACAUCCAGCACACCACUACCAGUUUUACCAAGCAUGACUUCAACUUUACCACAAUGCAAAGUAAUACCUCUGAACCCUCUGGAAAGUAUAACAGGUUCAGAAGUAGACGUAUCUGCGAGGUAUCCUUAUGGGGUUGCGGAUGGUGACGAGUGGAGUAGCUUUGAUACUUCGGACCUACCCUGUCAAUCGGCCACUACACAAAGAACCAACAAUCCUUUACUGAGGAGAAACCAGUAUUGGGUCUAGCAGGAGGAGUUGCCUUCGGGCCGUAAAC